UGUGAUUUUAUCCUUUCUCUUUCCUUUUUGCCUGCCUUGGAAGCCAGUGACCUGGUUGAUAAAGACAGUCCCUUAUACUAUGACUGGGAAAGCCUGCAGCUGGGUGGGAUGAUUUUUGGAGGACUCCUGUGCAUCGCUGGAAUCUUGAUAGCCCUGAGUGGAAAAUGCAAAUGCAUACCCUUACCGGAGAAAGCCACUCCACUCAUCACUCCAGGCUCUGUCAGUACCUGCUGA